AUGAGGAAAUUGAGGGCCAAGGAGAAGAAAUGGGCCGUGGAACCUAGGAGCCCCGGGGGCACCUCGCUGGUGAACUCGGGGAGCCAUCCCACAGUCAGUUGGACCGGGCCAGGCCCCGCCUCCUCCAAGAAGCCUUCCCAGUGCCCUGCCCAGGCGUGUGCGGGUCCCACAUUCGGAAUGGCCUCCACCCGGCCCCGCCUGUCCUCGGAGCCUUGGCCCAGAGAGGGUGCGGAGCCACCCAAGCACCGGGGGGCAUCGCCCUGGCAGAGGCCGGGGCCGCCGCAGGGAGGCGCCGCCCGAGCCUCAGCAGAUCCUGGCUCCGCCGCCAGCGCAGCCGCCGCCGCCGCGGCCUCCAAGCCCGCAGUCUCCGCCCCGCCUCCCUGGAAUUCGGAUCCGGCCCGGAGGGGGCGGGCGGGGCCACACGCUCUUAAAGGGGCCGCGUGGUUCCCGGACAGGCAGAGAGAUAUGGGGGAGGAGCUGGAAUCUCCUGACGAGCCGCAGGCAGAGAACUAG